AUAUAUACACACUAUAUGGCGAUGGAUCAAAUUGCACACAAAUUCAUACAAGUGAACGGGCUAAAGCUUCAUGUAGCUGAGAUCGGUUCGGAGUCGUCUCCAGCAGUUAUUUUCCUUCAUGGAUUCCCGGAGAUAUGGUUCACUUGGCGCCAUCAGAUGAUUGCCUUGGCGAAGGCUGGUUUUAGAGCAAUUGCACCCGAUUUCAGAGGAUACGGACUGUCGGAUUCACCAGAAGAGCCCGAGAAGGCCUCCUUCACUGAUCUCGUCAAUGAUACUGCCUCUAUCCUUGAUUCUCUUGCCAUCUCUAAGGUAUUUGUGAUUGGCAAAGAUUUUGGAGCAAUUGUUGCCUACCCAUUGGCCCUUCAAUACCCGGAGAAAGUAGCUGGGAUUAUAACACUCGGUUUGCCAUUUAUGCCCCCAGGCGCCUUCACCGAGCAAUUUGUCCUCCCGGAUGGCUUCUACCCUCGAAGAUGGCAAGAACCCGGAAGAGCCGAAGCUGAUUUUGGUCGCUUUGAUGUUAAAACUGUGGUGAGAAACAUCUACAUUUUGUUUUCUCAAAGUGAAUUGCAGAUAGCCCAUGAAAACCAAGAGAUAAUGGAUUUGGUUAAACCUUCGACUCCGUUACCUUCUUGGUUCACUGAGGAGGAUAUUGAAACCUAUGCCGCUGCAUUCGAAAAGUCUGGAUUUCGAACUGCACUCCAAGUUCCCUAUAGGACACUGAACACAGUUGGGUCAGAAGUACAAGAUCCUAAAGUCGAAGUUCCAACAACUGUGAUCAUCGGUGAGGCAGAGUAUUUGUUGAAAAUUCCAGGAAUGGGUGAAUACAUAAAGAGUGGAGAGGUGAAGAAAUAUGUGCCUAACCAAGAGACGAUAUACGUCCCUCACGGAUCUCAUUUUCUUCCCGAGCAAUUCCCGGACAAGGUGAAUGAACUUGUGAUCAACUAUCUCAAUUGCCACAAGCAUCUUGUGGUAGUUUAGAUCAUUUCUAUUAUUGAAGAAGGAAUUAAACUCAUUUGCAUGCACAUGGAAGAAUCAUGGUUGAAGAAGUCAAAUGUACGUGAUAUGCACAUGGGAUUUAACAAGUUUAUCGCAAAGUAUUUUGAAUAAAGUCAUUUAAGCUAGUUUGUUUACUUAUUCAGAAUCUUAUGGUCUAGUUGCUAGUUUUACCAUAUGUAAGUGUUUGUUUAUCUUCGGUUGAUGUAUGCAAUUCUACUUUCGUUUAAUUAGAGAAGCUUUGAGUCA